ACAAAUUGCAAGGAAAAAAAAAAUUAUAUAUAUAUAUAUAUAUAUAUAUCUGCAAAAGCAGAUCAUGCUCCGGAUGCCCUAGUGCUAAUAGUAUCGUAAAAAUAGCAUUUCAUCAGCUUGCAACAAGUUUGAAAAGUGGAUCGGAGGCAUGGAAAGCGGCCACUUCCUUCGGAAACAUCAGAGGAGAAAGAGAAAGAUCAGCAUGAUCAGUUCCCAGCUUAUGCAUCUUCUUGGUCAUCACAUGAUACUGACGACAUGUCUGCCAUGGUUUCUGCUCUCACUCAGGUUAUGGGAACGAUCGAAGAUCAGCAAAGUUCGCUGGUGCAAUCAACCCCAUUAACCAUCCAUGAGGCGGGUCCGGUGAAAGAAGAAGUACCUGAUUCAUCUCAACCGGUUCAAGAUCAAGAGAAUGCAAGAAGACGACACUAUAGAGGAGUAAGACAAAGACCAUGGGGAAAAUGGGCAGCCGAAAUUCGAGACCCAAAAAAAGCAGCCCGAGUCUGGCUCGGCACAUUCGAAACCGCUGAGGAUGCAGCCCUGGCAUAUGAUAGAGCAGCUCUAAGGUUUAAAGGCACCAAGGCCAAGCUUAAUUUUCCUGAACGAGUUCAGGGAACGUCCGAAUUUGGAUACCCCUCGGGUUUUGGAAAUACGAGCGUCUCCCAGUCUGCAGUACCUGUGCAAAAUCCAGGACCGGUUGUUAAUCCCCCUCCGUCGACCUUGCCACAGGAGAGUACUUUCCCUGGCCUAUAUCAGUACGCACAGCUUCUUUCCAGUUCUGAUGUUGAAUUCCCUUAUUACACUUCGAGUCUCUUUAAUCAAGAAUCUUUUGCUUCUCAAUUCUCGUCAUUUUCAUCCCCAUCUUCCGCCGCCUCAUCGCAUCAUCCCCACCAAGAAAGACAAGAUCAGGAAGAGGAUGACAAAGGGCGUCAAUUCUAGCAAUCCCAUUAAUUAAUUAUAAAGCGAGUGAUAUAUGUAAUAUAUAUGAUUUUAGUUAUAUAUUUGUAUCCAUCCAUCCAUCCAGCUUUGUGAGUGCUUGUAUCAUCAUUUGCAACUCUUCCCUUCGAUUGUUUCAAUAACAGGAGAUCUAUCCCCGGC